CUUGGCUUUCCCCCCUCUUUCUUCUAUAAAAUAUAGGAUGUGCUUGAGGACUAGAAAUGUUAUGUGAAGAAUUUGGUUUGGAUGAUGUCAUAAAUCUUCAUGGCAAAGAGGAAGAGCUGGUUUGGAUGGGUAAAAAGGCUAUUCACUUCUGAGUCAAAGGACAACAAAAAGCCAAACAGAUGGGGGUGGAGUUUUGGAAGGAUUAAGCAGAAACAGUAUCCUACAAUUACAGCUCCAAAUAGGACACUGAUUGAAGCAAGUGAAGAGCAGAGAAAGCAUGCUUUAACCGUCGCUAUUGCAACUGCAGCAGCUGCUGAGGCUGCAGUUGCUGCUGCACAUGCUGCUGCUGAGGUUGUCAAGCUCACUGGCACUUCUCGCUCUUACUCAUAUCUUUCCAAGGGAGACAAAAGUUUAGCUGCCAUCAAGAUUCAGAGCACGUACCGUGCACAUCUUGCUAGGAAAGCAUUAAGAGCAUUGAAAGGAGUUAUAAGACUUCAAGCCAUAAUUCGGGGUCAAGCUGUGAGACGUCAAGUGUCAAACAACAUUUUGCAGAAUUUUCCCUCCAAUGUAAGAAAUCAGGUGGGAAUUCAGGAAAGAAGCAGCCAUAAUACUGCUGAACAGAUCCAGCAAAGUCCAAAGCAGAAGAAAAAGAUAGAAGAGAAGGAACUGAAGUCUGAAUGCCAUGGUCAAAGAACAUGGGAUUGUAGCUUGCUCUCAAGAGAAGACAUUGAAGCUAUAUGGUUUAGAAAACAAGAGGCCAUGGUCAAAAGAGAGCGCAUGAAACAGUACUCUUCUUCACAAAGGGAGACAAAAAAUAACCAAAUGUUGGAAGAAUCUGUACACAACAAGGACUUCGGAAGAGAGAGCUGCCACACACUUGGAGAUUGGCUACAUCAAGAAACACGUGAUUGGGAUUUGGUUUAUAAACCAACUCUUACUUCAAACUUGAUAACAACAAAAAAAGAAUUUCAAGAAGGGUUGAGUACACAAACUUCAAUCCCAAGGAAAUCAUUUUCUCUUGUAAAAAGAAGCUUAAAUGGGGAUGAGAGUUCCAUGUCAAAUUCUCUAGUUUUUCCCACUUACAUGGCUGUUACUGAAUCCAGCAAAGCAAAGAUGAGGUCUAUUAGCACACCAAAGCAAAGAACAGGAAUUCUGGAUAUAUGCUCCAAUCAGAAUGAGCCUCACAAGGAAGGCAUUUUCUUUGGCUCUUCUUAUUAUGGUGCAACUAGUAGCACCAAUGAAAACAGUGCAAGUUAUCAACAAAGAUGCUAGAGUGCAAAUAGGUUUUGUUAUCAUUAUAAGAUGUGCUAUCUGGUUCAAGGCAUGAUUUGCUCAAGUCAUCAGAAGUAUGGAGGGGAAAACUAAGUUUAUUUCCUGUUUGAUCCUUCACAUCUUACAAAUCUUCACAUACAUGUAAGAAGUGAAUUUUCUGACCCUUAUCUAUAUAUUUGUUUUGAAGAAGAUUUUCUUCCUUGUUUUGGAGAUGAGAAAAUGUUACUUUUUACAAUUGGGUACAUAAUACAUAUCUAAAACGUUAUACAUCUUUAUCUCUUGUAUUUUUCAUUUAUCUAUCUAAGUUUGCAGCUGAUUUGCAAAAUAACUAUGGAUUGUAAUGAAGACAUUUGAUUUGAAUAUUAAAUAAACCUAUU